UCAGCGUCAUUAUCAGCUGGAAUCAGGACAGAAACGGGUGAAAACAGGAGCUUUAAUUGUCUGUUUAUCUCAGAAAUGGAGAGAGUUGUAUUCAUCACUUUUCUGACAGCUGUCUUCAGUUCGUCUGCAUGUGUUGCACGUCAGUAUCACUUUGUGAAUCAGAAUUUGACCUGGACUGAAGCUCAGAGAUACUGCAGAGAGAAUUACACAGAUCUGGCCACCAUCAACAACAAGAAUGACAUUGAAGAACUGAUGAAGAAUGUUGAAAGUGUUCAGCUUGUCUGGAUUGGACUGCACAGGACAGAGAAUAAAACAUGGAAGUGGUCUCUGGGUGACCCUGUUUUCUACACAGGAAGUGAUUCACUGAAUCAGAACUGGACAAACUCUCAAUCAAACGAUGAUGGUGACUGUGCUUAUAUGAAUAAUGGAGGAUGGUAUAAAAGUCAAUGUUCUAACAAAACCUCUUUCAUUUGCUAUAAUGAUAGCAGUGACGAUUACAUCUUUAACAGUACAGACAUGAACUGGACAGACGCUCAGAGUUUCUGCAGAGAGAAACACACAGAUCUGGCCAGUGUGAGGAACCAGAAUGAGAAUCAGACGAUUCAGCAGAUCAUUAAAAAUCACACAGGAAGUGAUAAGAACGUCUGGAUCGGUCUGUUCAGAGACUCAUGGGAGUGGUCAGAUCACAGUGAAUCCUCAUUCAGAUGCUGGGCACCUCAAGAACCCAAUAAUGCAGGCAAUUCUGAAAACUGUACAGUGAUUUCACUCAAUGACCGGCGGGGGAAAUAUCAGGACUGGCCCAAUAAUCAAAUCAACAAGUUCCCCUUUGUCUGUUAUGAGGAUCAACUGGUUUUGAUUAAACAGAGUCUGACCUGGAAUGAAGCUCUGAGAUACUGCAGAGAGAAUCAUGUGGAUCUGGUGUCAGUUGAUUCUCAGCAGAUUCAGCGUCGUAUGAUGAAUGUGGCUAGAAGUGCCUCAACUACAGCUGUGUGGAUGGGUCUCCGUCACUCCUGCACUAUGGGUCUGUGGUUCUGGUUGAAUGGAGAGAUCUUGUGCUAUCAGAACUGGGCAGCAGGUAACGGCACUGGACAGGAAGACUGCAGUGGAGGACUAGCUGGAGCAAUUCAGUCUGGAGGAGAUCAGACCUGGAUCAGCUGUCCUCAGACUCAACAACUCAACUUCAUCUGCACCAACUUUAAAGACUAAAUCAAGAACAUCGUCAUCUCAUCUGUCUUCACUAUAGCUACAAUUUGUGUUAUUUUAUGUAAAACAUAUUUUAAAUGCAAAUAAAUGUCAAAUCUUUGUCACAUUUUCACCUUAUGUUAAAUUUCUCUGUGAGUGAUUCUGUGCUGUUGUAAUCCUAAAAUAAAUCAUGUGUUCAGUGUUUCUGAAUUUAUAUUCUGAUGAAAUUAUGCAUUUAAAGGGAUAGUUCGUUCAAAAACGACAAUUCUCUCAUCAUUUACUCACUCUCAUGAUAUCCCAGAGGUGUGUGACUUUCUUUCUUCUGCAGAACACAAAUGGAGAUUUUUAGAAGAAUAUUUCAGCUCUGGAGGUCCUUACAAUACAAAUGAAUGGUGACCAGAUCAUUGAAGGCCCAAAAGACAGUAUAAAAGUAAUCCUUAAUACUCCAGUGGUUUAAUCCAUGUAUUCAGAAGUGAUAUGACAGGUGUGGGUGAGAAACAGAUUCAUAUUUAAGUAAGUUUUUUAAUUUUUUGCGUGGUGUAGUGGGCUAAAGCACAUAACUGGUAAUCGGAAGGUUGCUGGUUUGAUCCCCACAGGCACCACCAUUGUGUCCUUGAGUAAGACACUUAACUCCAGGUUGCUCCGGGGGGAUUGUCCCUGUAAUAAGGGCACUGUAAGUCACUUUGAAUAAAAGCGUCUGCCAAAUGCAUAAAUGUAAAUGUUCUUCUUUUGCUUUUGGCUGUUCAUAUUAAUUAUUAAUUUCUGCGAUCAAGAACGGGGAGGGAUUAAAACUCAUCUGACUAUUGAUCAACCUUAUUGCUUAUUGCUCAGACCGGGGGGGGGGUAAUUUUGAUUUAAUAUUAAGAUAGGGUAUACCAUAAAAUAAAUGUAUAAUAAAAAUAACAAAAACAGAUAUAAGAAAAAAGAAUGGUUGAUUAUAAAUGUAUGGUGACUUUAAAUAUUGAUCUGUUUCUCACCCACACCUUUCAUAUCACUUCAGAAGACAUGGAUUAAACCACUGGAGUCAAAUGGAUUACUUUUAUGCUGCAUUUAUAUAACUAUUGAUCAAACUUAUGGCUCAGACCUCGGCCAUGAAAUAUGUCAGAAGAGAGAAAGUCAGAGGAAAAGUUGUUAAUUUUGUUUGGGUUAAACUAUCCCAAUUAAGACUUUUUUAAUUUAGACUUUCUGCAUUAUUAUUAUUAUAAUUAUUAUUAAUAAUAAUGUUUUUUUAGUGUUGUUGCAUCAUUUUGUUUCAGUAGUAAUAGUAGUGGUUUACA